GUUGCUGCUGAAAGACUUUACACGGCGACGAUGGUUUUAAUCUCUGAAACUUCCGACGAAGGCUCUAACGGUGGCGAUCCAAGCAAGAAACUCGAAGAACUCCACAAGAACCCGAAAGAAGAAGACGAUGAAGAGAAUCAAAACGAGAAGCCUCAAGAAGAUGAAGAAGUAGAAGAUCUUGCUCCGAAUCCUCGACAAAUCCCAGAAGUAUUCAUCGGAAGUACCGUCGCACUCGUCGGGAGAUGUCAUUACCCUGUUCUUUAUGCGUUGAUCGGGUUCCCUCUUGUUAGUCUCCCGUGCUGGUACAUUCUCAAUCGUAACAUUCCAAGAAACAACUCAUUACGAUUGAUCCGAAUCACUUCACUUCCUCCUAUGAAUCCUGGAUGUGCUGUGGUCACAAUCGGAUACAAUAUGUAUGUGAUCGGUGGUUGGAUCGGGUUGAAUCAACCUGUAUCGACUGUGUUCGUCAUCGAUUGUAGAUACCACACGUGUGGCUAUCUCCCAAAUAUGCACAGGGCUCGCUACCGCGCAGCCGCUGGAGUAGUUGAAGGAAAGAUUUAUGUCAUCGGAGGUUGCAAGAAGCGUCAUGAUGAUUGGAUCGAAGUGUUCGAUGUAGAGAAAAGAAGUUGGAGUACUGUGCCUGAUCCAUCCGACUACAAAUCUAGUUUGCCAGAAGGAGGGUUUGUGACAUCUGUGGUGAUGCAAAAUAGGAUUUACAUCAUGGAUGCUAUGCGUGAUUUGGUUUACGAACCAAGACAAGGUACAUGGCAGUCAUCGGAACUUGAAACUAAGUUGAAGCAUUUUUGGCGCAAACCGUGUUGUGUGAUUGAGGAUCUGUUGUAUAGCUUCGAUCCACGGUGUGUUCUUAGACACCCAAUACUGGUAUAUGAUCCAACUAAAAUGGUUUGGACUCCUCUGAAGGGUGUAGAUCGUUUGCCUUACCUCAAAUACUUUGAGUGUAAAAUGGAGAAUUUGGGUGGGAAGCUGAUGGUUUUGGGCACUUCUUACAUCCCGUAUAAUGAUACUUGGUGCAUAGAGAUCACAUUAGAAAGACGUGAAGGAGAUGAGAUGUGGGGGAAGGUCGAUUCAGUGGUGCCUGUGCUUAGUUCCGUGAACGCGCCUUAUAUUGAUCUUUGUCGCUCUGUUAGGUUUUGA